AUGCUCUUAGGUAAGUCAUCAUUAGCUUCAAAUAUCAUCCAUACUUCCCCGGGGAAUCUUGCAGGAAAUCCAAGGACUUUGAAGAUAGCAGUUGAAAUGACCUUAAAUCCAAAUAAUUUAUCACUAAGUGGACUCGGUCCCACUAGUAUAGAAGAAAUUCUAAGACUUCGGCAGGAACGUAAUCAACGGAUACCGAAAUGUGCACGUUGUCGGAAUCAUGGCAUUGUUUCAGCAUUGAAAGGACAUAAGCGUUACUGCAAAUGGAAAGAUUGUUUGUGCGCAAAAUGUACAUUAAUUGCGGAACGGCAAAGAGUGAUGGCAGCGCAGGUUGCGUUACGACGGCAGCAAAGUCAGGAUGAGAAAGAAGCUAAAGAUCUAGAAAUAUUGCUGGGCGUCGAAAGAGCUGGAAAGCUAUUAAAAUUCAUGCGACAAGGUGAAACAAUUACCAGUGAUAAUAGAAGUGAAAGUGUACUUGGUGGUGGACUAUCGCUUGAAGAAGAUAUUAGACUUUGUUUCGCUUUAAGGAAAAUGCGAUCGCAAGGCAGAAUCUUAACUAAUUCAUAUCCUUGCCAACUUAAUAACAUUGCUUGUUUUAUCAUAAACGAUGAAUCACCAUGCAGGGGAUUAACGUUAAUCGAAAACAUAUUAGCAUCGCAACUGCCAGAAGGUCAGUUGAAUGGCUCUCCACUAAACAAAGAAGAUACAACGAAAUCACCGCAAUUAAUCGAUUUGCCAUCAACAUCAUUAAUCAAACCGAAGAUAUCUUCACCAAAUACAGCUACCAGUCAGGAACAUUUGUCCUUUUCCUCAGUAACCUCACAUCGACGAUCUAGAAAUAAUGAUAUCGCGGAUUCGGAAAGCAAUAAGCCUCGCUCACCAUUUGCUGUAGCAGAACCUACCGAAACUCAGCAACCAAUUUGGUCCGCUCAAUGGUCGAAUCCACUAAAUUUUUGCACAUUUCAACCGUUAACACCUCUUCCAUAUCGACCGCAACAUUUUGGACAAGCUGUUUUCCCAUUUGGCGUUGGCUGUUAUCCUAUCAAUCCGACCAUGCUGUACGCGAAACCUCCAUUUUCCAAUAUGCCUGAAGGUGCAAUUCCACAGAUUACACACCCAUGUGAUACCACCACACCUCAAUCCGCCACACAGUUCUCAUACAAUUCGCUUCCACCAUUGCCACCAGCACAAGUAAAUCCUUUGGAUUAUCGACAACAUGUCAAGACUUCGAACUCAAAUGAAGAUCUUCUUGAUGAAUGA